CCUCGUGGUGAAUCGUCACCCAUGACGAAACGCACGAAGGACGCCGAUGUCGAAGAUACCCCGCGACGACGCGCGCGUAAUCACGUCGAUAUCCCUCCCGGCACGGAACUCCCGCUCGAGCUCGGGACGAAGGUGCACUGUCGGUGGCGAGGAAAGGAUGAGUUUUACCAGGCAAAGGUCAUCGAGCGACGACCGGGACGAGGGAAAUCGGACGAGGAUUACGAGUAUUACGUGCACUACGAACAGUUUAAUCGACGGAUGGACUCGUGGGUGAGCUUGGGAGAGAUGGAUCUGUCGACCUUGGUGGUUGUGGAGAAGACAGAAGACGGGAAGAAGAAGAAGGACGCGCACGAGCCAGACGCCGAGCACGCGGAGUUUGAUCCGAAGGCGUUGCAGGAGCACGAAGAGUUCACCAAGGUUCGUAACAUCUUGCAGAUCGAACUCGGGAAGCACGAGAUGGACACGUGGUAUUUCUCACCGUUCCCACCAGAGUAUAACGACUGUCAAAAGUUGUACUUUUGCGAGUACACGUUGCAGUUUUUCAAGCGUAAAGAGCAGCUACAGCGUCACUUGAAGAAGAAUGAGAUGCGACACCCGCCCGGGGAUGAGAUUUACCGCAAAGGCAAGCUGAGCUUUUUCGAGAUCGAUGGGAAGAAGCACAAGUUGUUUUGUCAAAACUUGUGUUACUUGGCGAAACUGUUUUUAGAUCACAAGACGCUGUACUACGACGUCGACUUGUUUUUGUUCUACGUCUUGAUGGAGUGCGACGAACGCGGGUAUCACAUCGUCGGUUACUUUUCCAAGGAAAAGUGCUCAGAAGAAGGAUACAACUUGGCGUGUAUCCUCACGUUACCCCCGUACCAGCGAAAGGGUUACGGGAAGCUGUUGAUAUCGUUCUCUUACGAGCUGUCCAAGAUCGAAGGCAAGGUCGGCACCCCCGAGCGUCCGCUCAGCGAUCUCGGUUUGGUAUCGUACCGCGGCUACUGGACGCGCGAGCUGUUAAAAAUUCUCGGCGACGAGUCCAAGCAGUUCCUCUCCAUAAAAGACCUGAGCGAGAUGACGAUGAUCAAGACCGAGGACAUCAUCUCCACCCUCCAGCACCUCGGUUUGCUCGCCUACACCAAGGGCGCGUACGUCAUCUGCGCUUCGCCCGAGCUCAUCGAGAAGCAUUUCAAAGCCGCCGGCAGCGGCGGCGUACCGUGCGAUCCCGAAGCGAUCAUUUGGUCCCCGUACGACCCCGAGCGCGCGAGGGACUUGUAA